ACGCACUCGAGCAAUUAACAUCUAAACUAGUUUACUCAAUACUUUUACCUCAGAAUGAAGUGCACAGUUCUAUUCGUUGUUGCUUUCAUCGGCAUCGCUAGUUCUGGUUACAUCGGUGACGAACACGGCGGACUACGCACCAUUGCUCAGGGAUCUGCGAAUCAGGCACACUCCGCGGUAGCAAGCCAGCACGCGGCUGCUCAGAAAGCCUCGUUCAUUGCUAAGAAUGCUUUGGCUCAACAAGCCGCCCAGGCAUCUGCUACCGCUCAAGCCGCUCUCGCUGGAAAACAAGUGCUCCUGCAAACUUUGGAGAAGCAACGCAAUGACGCCCUCAAGGCCCUCGAAGGUGAACUGAUCCAACUCAAAUCAGCCGAACAGACCGCCAAAUCUGCUUCUAAUACCGCUGAACAAGCACACAAGCAAGCUCAGUUGCUGCAAUCUACCUUGAAGAACGCCGAAGAAUUGGCUCAUCAAGCUGACGCUGCCGCUAGUAGUGCUAAUCACGAACUCGCUAGCCAAAGUAAGAUGGUCGCUCAAGCUAAAGCCACCCUGGCUGAUGUCGAUCAUAAGUUGGAAGCUACUCGGACUGACUUCGUUGCAACCAAAGAUGCUGCCCAAAAAGCAGCUGAAUUCGCACAGAAGGCUCAACAAAAUGCUGCUGCCGCUGGAAUUCACUCGGAUCAAGGACAAGGAAGUGGCGGUGCCGGUGCAUUGGGACAUGCUUCAGGUGCUCAAAGCUUCCAUUGAUAUUAAACGGUGAUAUCAAGACUGGAAGAAUUUUUGUACUGAAAUUUAUGUGAUACUUUUGAAUUAUGAGCUGUUCCAAUUUUUAUAAAAAAAGCAAUAAAAUGGUAAAAG